AUGCAGCCCUAUGUCAUGAUGCAGCCCAAUGACAUGAUGCAGCCCUAUGACAUGAUACAGCCCUAUGGCGUGAUGCAGACCUAUGGCAAGGUGCAGCCCUAUGACAUGAUACAGUCCCAUGGCAUGAUACAGCCCUAUGGCCAGGUGCAGCCUUAUGACAUGAUGCAGACCUAUGGCAUGAUGCAGCCCUAUUACACAAUGCAGACCUAUGACAUUAUGCAGACCUAUGACAAGGUGCAGCCCUAUGACAUGAUGCUGACCUAUGACAUGAUGCAGCCCUAUGACAAGGUGCAGCCCUCUGACAUGAUGCAGCCCUAUGGCACGAUGCAGCCCUAUGACACGAUGCAGCCCUAUGGCAAGGUGCAGCCCUAUGACAUGAUGCAGCCCUAUGGAAAGGUGCAGCCCUAUGACAUGAUGCAGCCCUAUGACAUGAUGCAGCCCUAUGACACGAUGCAGCCCUAUGGCAUGAUACAGACCCAUGACUUGAUGCAGCCCUAUGACAUGAUGCAGCCCUAUGACACGAUGCAGCCCUAUGACAAUGUGCAUCCCUAUGACAUGAUGCAGCCCUUAGUCGUGAUGCAUCCCUAUUACAUGAUGCCGCCCUAUGACACGAUGCAGCCGUAUGGCAAGCCCUAUGACACGAUGCAGCCCUAUGACACGAUGCAGACCUAUGGCAUGAUGCAGACCUAUGACUUGAUGAAGCCCUAUGACACAAUGCAGCACAAUGUCAUGAUGCAGCCGUAUGACAUGAUGCAGCCGUAUGACAUGAUGCAGCCGUAUGACAUGAUGCAGCCCUAUGACACGAUGUAG